AGCGCCGGAAAGAACGGACGCACCCUCUCACGGAGGCCUACCACUGGCGUGUGUCGUGCGUGCGGUUAUGCUUACUCAGGUAGUGCCUUCUCCCGUGCCUCAGUGGACCAUGUGAAGAGAAGAGUCGCUACUUCAGAACGCUCCCGCGCGAAUAUCUGAGGGGACAUUCAGGAAGUGUCAUUCUUUCAGCAAAACACGCGGCGACGCGGUAACUCGCGGUUACCAUGACGAUAAAGGCCGGUGCAACCUAUACGUGAGCGGGUGACACCCCGUCAGUGGUGACCUUUGGUGAAGCUUGGCGUGGUGAUGUGUGGGGCGGCGCGCCGCUAGAACACGGGAAGGGCGUGGCGCCGCACAGCAGGACGCUUGAACAGACGUAAGUGUUGCGGCGUGCUGCCCCUCGGCGGGCCGGCGGAGGCAGGAUGGAAUUGCUGUCUGGGAGAGGCGAGGUGAGGAGUGGGCGGGGGGGCGUGAGAAGUGGACGGGCCGUGGUGGGCGUGGACGUGGUGAGCCAAACCUUACCAAGAAACUAUCGCGCCCCUUCACAACACCACUGCUGUCCACCUGGGCCUCGGCCGUCCGUCCGUUGUGACAUGAGCAGCGACUCCCGCUGUGCAGGGUGCAUGUCAGACUCUUCACUGGAGGACCAGACUCGCCCCGUCCCCCUCUGCCGCCAUACCCACCACACCGCUACCACCGGGAGGAAUGGGUGGAUCCAGAAGUGGAUUGUGCUACCUGUCGUCUCCAGGCGCAGCCUCCCUGUGCCUGUUCCGAUCCCUGCUACCUAGGGGGACCGCCCUCUAUACGCACCCCGUGCCCCUGGGGACGGCCAGGAAUCAUGCCAAGCCAGACCUCCCACCUGGGCUUAAUUCCCUGUCCCCCACAGCCCCCCGCGGCCGGCAGAGCGUCGUCCGUUUGUGCGCUUCCGAAAUUACUGAGCAUUGAGGAGCGCCUGACCACCGCCUUGGGUCGACCCCUUGAUCCUCAGAGCCGCUCACAGCCUCAUGUCGACACACACGCCCACAUUCACGCCCACUCCUCCCAAACCUAUACGCACUCCACCACACAGGCGCACGUCCACGCUAAGUGUGAGACGACGCCCAACACACACGCCCAACACCAGCACCUGAAUCCAAACAACUCCUACCACCACCACCACCAUCACAAGGGGCAGAGCGCGACGGACCCUCACAGCCUGGGCGUGCACAGGGAUGGCGGGACGGGUUCACGACUCAGCAGAAGCAUGGAAAACCUACCUCGAGAUAUCCAGGAUCAUAUUCUUCGCUGCCAGUGUUCCUGCGACCAUCUCGGCUACGGGAAUUACUCGGCGACAUCGCUGCAGCAGGUGGGCAACGGGUGCUCCUCCAUCAGCAAUAAGAGCAGCAGUCGCGAGCACGUUCCACCUGAGUCUGGGAAACCUAAGCAGCACCAACACGCAGGUGGCGGGCUGGAGGUGCCUGCACAAGUGUGGGGCGGCGUGUGUCUUGUGCUCGUGCUGGCGGGCGUGGCAGGGGUGGGCGUGUCGGUGCCCCUCGCCCUCAGAGCCAACCCAGGGGCGGAUGUACACGAGCGACUGAACACCGCGAGGGCCCUGCUGAGGGAGACCCCUUUGGUGGAUGGGCACAACGACCUCCCUUGGAACAUACGCAAGUUCAUGCACAACAAACUGCACAGCUUCAACUUUACGGCCGAGCUGAAGAAACUCCGACCCUGGUCCAGAUCCUCGUGGUCCCACACUGACCUGCCCCGGCUCCGAGAUGGCAUGGUGGGGGCGCAGUUCUGGGUGAGCUACGUGCCGUGCGAGUCUCAGCGGCUCAACGCCGUCCAGCUAACCAUAGAACAGAUUGACCUCAUCAAGCGCCUCAUUGAGCAGUACCCUGAAGACCUGCGCCUCGCCACCUCGGCUGACGAGGUGGAGGCGGCCUUCAAGGAGGGACGCAUCGCCAGCCUCAUCGGGGUGGAGGGAGGGCACGCCAUUCAGAACUCCCUGGGCGUGCUGAGGGCCCUAAGAGACCUCGGUGUGCGCUACCUCACCCUCACCCACACCUGCAGCACCCCAUGGGCUGAGUGUGCGAGGGCGCGGGAAACUGACCUAGAGGACCCAGACUCACCCCGAGGCCUCACGCACUUCGGCAGGACUGUGGUGCGGGAGAUGAACCGACUCGGGCUGCUGGUGGAUCUGUCCCAUGUGUCCCAGGCCACUAUGAGGGAGGCGCUGAAGGUGUCCCGCGCUCCUGUUAUCUUCAGCCAUUCUUCUGUCUACGCCAUCUGUAAGAAUCCAAGGAAUGUGCCCGACGACAUCCUUCGAGAGGUGGCGGUGAACGGAGGCGUGGUGAUGGAGUUUUACACUCACUUCCUCACCUGCAGCCAGCAAGCCUCCGUCAAGGAUGUAGUGGAUCACAUCAACCACGUGCGGAAAGUGGCUGGAGUGGAGCACGUGGGCAUUGGUGCAGACUUCGAUGGCGUCAACAAGCUGCCGGAGGGACUAGAGGACGUGUCACGCUACCCACAUCUCUUCGCUGAACUUCUCACCGACCCAACGUGGAGUCUGGAAGAUCUCAAGUUACUGGCGGGAAAAAACCUCCUUCGGGUCAUGAGAAACGUGGAAAAGGUACACCUUGAUAUGAAGAGGAAGAAGGAGAUGCCGUACGAGGAGGAAGUGCCGCCGGACCAACUAGAAGGCCUCACCUCCUGCAGCUACAGAUUCACGAAGGACGAUGAAUCUUAGUAAAACGUAGCUAUAGCAGAAUGACACCUUUGCUUCGUGGGUCUGGACUGGAGUGUUCGGGCCCCGGAGUGUGUUGGGACGGGAGCUGAAGGAGUAGAAGUGGCGGUAGAAAAGCCAGUCUUCUUAGCUCCAAUCCCUCAAUUUUCACUAGUACUCCAACACUCACAGAAGUAAUAUGUAGCCAUGCAGACUGACGAACGGACACACACAUACACACACACACACACACACACACACACACACACACACACACACACACACACACACACACACAGAUUUUUGGGACCAAAGUGACGGCCGGUGCUUAUCAUGAGGUGCUGAAGAACAACAAUGCUCGACUUUUUUCUCAGUGCUGACGUGGCAUCGUGUGCGCGUGUGUGUAUGUGUUUCUCACUGAAAAGCAGGGAGUAAAAGGAAGGAAAAUAUGAAGAAAGAAAGAAAAACGCAAGCGAAAAGAAGGACCGUAGACAUAUCAGAAAAACACUAAACAUCAUACUAGAAAAUAUAGUUGGUAUCACAAAGCGUAAGAGGAUUGGAAGCACGAGACGUAAGUACUGAUGUGACAAACAGACGCAACGAGUGAGAGGAAACUGGGAACCCGAACUGAAGUGACGGGGAAAGAAACUGAAAGAGAGAGAAUAGGUGAAAGAAGGAAGACUACACUGCCAGGCUGGGGCGGCAGAGGCAGGGGGAGGCCUCUGUCCACCCCGGCCAGAGGGACCAGAGAAGUAAAUGGUGCACCACUUAAGGGUCAUAUUCUGAAACACUUCUGCGCAGCACCUCCACUGUUUCAAAAGGCUCUGCUUGAAGUGACACUGGAUUUUAAGGGUGCUGUUGUGGUUCUAGUGACAGAUCAAUACGAUUUCUUAUACAUCUAAAGAACCAGGGUAAUCAUCUGUGUGGCCUCUGAAAAUAGUCGUGAUGACAGAGCAGAGUGUUUUUGAAUACAGACUUCACAAGGCUUGUAUAUCUUUUUUCUCCUCCUCCACCUUUAUUCUUCGACGUUUCGUGUAGUUUUUAUUCCUAUCUCAUCCCAAGUCCUCCUUCUCUUCCUGCCGCAGUUCCAAAUGAGUGACACGAGCGAUGGCCGCCUCACACUUCAGGGAUUUCACGUCAGCGGCCUCGUAACUGUUGUGAGUCUUGUGGGUGUUGCAUAGGUAACUCUUCAACAAGACGAUUUCAGUGUGUGUUUGGAGAAGGAGGAAGAGAAGGAGGAGAAAAAAGGAAGAGGAAAAGAAGUAGGAGGAGGAGGAUUUCUAGACCAACUUACCCACAUCCACACUCACACACACCACACACACACACACACACACACACACACAUACGAAUAAGUGAGGAAAAGACUACUACGACUUUCUGGAAUUAAUACUAUAUAAAGGAGGAGGGCAAGAUUUAGCGCUAUUAGACAUUAGUGUGAUUACUGUGUCUCCUGCUAGGCCAUGAUCACUUCAGUGUGGUUGAUGUGUUAUUUACGUACGCGACUGUUGACUCUAUGUUCUCCUCCCGCCGUGGCUGAGGGAGGACCAAAGGCGAUGUGAGGAGAUAUUAUUUUUCUGAUGAAGUUGAGUGUGUGUGGGGAUGGAACAAUAAAAGGGUAAAAAAAUCUUUGGUACUUGAAAGAAGCAGUACUGCGUUUCUUAUACUUUCCUGUGGCGCACACACACACACACACACACACACACACACACACACACACACACACACACACACACACACACACACUCACGUCCCAAAAAUAUCUUGGUCCUGCCUUCUACUCUCAAACAUUUUUUUUUUUUUUUGACAACCCAACGAGAUGGAAGGGUAAGGGGCGUUUCUUGCUUUGUGUGGCGUGUCAGGUGCUGUUUCUGAGGGUGAAGUCGUCGCCCUGUCCUUCACAACUUUUGUUCACUUCUUAAAACUUGUGCCUGUUGGUGUUCGCUGUUGGGGAGGCGAGACCAAGACAAGGCGCUGGUCAUGUAGGAGAGUAAAAUGUUGGAUUCGUUUUCCGUCAAACGCACAAACACAGCACUAGCUGAUACGUACACGACUAUUGUGUGUGUGUGUGUGUGUGUGUGUGUGUGUGUGUGUGUGUGUGUGUGUGUGUGUGUGUGUGUGUGUGUGUGUGUGUGUAACUCCCGUAUUAUCCCGCCUCUGGAUAGGACCUGAAUCAUCGUCACGUCAGCUGUAAAAUUAAACAGAGAAAUGUACACAUUUUUCAUUGUAAAUAAAUACAUAUAUAUAU